GCACUCACGUGGAUUCCAAAACCUGAGUAACUCUUGAAUAAAUUCAAUUUUUCCGAUUGUUUAUUCACACAAGCGUUUUCCAAUGGAAACAAAUUUGUAUAUGAUUAAUAUAAGAAAGCCUGUGGAUCAGAAGUUCCGGUUCCUGUUUCAACUACUGAUCCGCUUUCUGGUGAAAUGUUGACAGUCGUGAAUGUUGAGUUUAUGGGAUCAUGUGAGAAAUGUUAAAUCAUUAUAUUUGAGAAGUUGCACUCAUCGUUGACAAUUAGGGGUAUUUGUACUCAAGUGUGAGUGGGAUAAGCAGCACGACUGUCACCCGAAAAUGCUAACAUUAACUGUUAUGCGCAGACAGAGGCACAGGCUCAAAUGGUUUUCUGGAUUUUGGAGACAAAUGAGCAAAAGGCUUGUGUUGGGCAUAGAGACUAGCUGUGACGAUACAGGGGCAGCUGUUGUUGACGAAACAGGACAGAUUCUAGGUGAAUCGUUACAGUCUCAAAAGGAAGUGCACUUGAAGACUGGUGGGAUUAUCCCCACUGUUGCACAGCAGCUUCACAGAGAAAACAUUGUCCGUGUCGUCCAGGAGGCAAUGAAGAGCAGUGGCGUUACCCCAAGUAACCUUUCCGCCGUUGCCACCACAGUGAAACCAGGCUUGGCCUUAAGCUUGGGGAUAGGGCUAGACUUCAGUCGGGACUUUGUGAAGCAACACCAAAAGCUCUUCAUUCCCAUCCAUCACAUGGAGGCCCAUGCCCUCACAGUCAGGAUGCUUCAGCCUGUGGCCUUCCCUUUUCUGGUCCUCCUGGUUUCUGGAGGCCAUUCUCUACUGGCUUUGGCUAGAGAAAUAGAUGAUUUCCUACUCUUGGGUCAAACUUUGGAUGAAGCUCCAGGGGACACUUUAGACAAGGUUGCAAGACGCUUGUCACUAAUAAAACACCCCAGGUGCUCCGGAAUGAGUGGGGGAGAAGCUAUAGAGGUUCUAGCUCAAGACGGUGACCGGUUGAAGUUUUCCUUCAAAACACCAAUGGGCAGCCACUAUGACUGUGACUUCUCAUUUGCUGGUGUGAGACAUCAGGUGCUAAUGGCAAUUAUGAAAAAAGAAAAGGAGGAAGGUGUGGAGCAAGGGGCAAUGUUGUUAUGUGUAAAUGACAUAGCUGCAGCUGCACAGCAUACAGUGGCCUCUCACAUUGCUAAGCGCACUCACCGUGCUAUUUUGUUCUGUAAGGAAAAGCACUUACUACCUUCCUCCAAUCCAACCCUGGUUGUUUCAGGGGGAGUCGCUAGUAACCUGUACAUCAGAAAGGUUUUGAAGAUUGUCACUGACACCACUGGACUACAUCUCCGUUUUCCUCCAUCCAAGUUUUGCACUGACAAUGGCAUCAUGAUUGCAUGGAAUGGUGUUGAGCGGCUAAGAGAAGGAAAGGGAAUCCUGUCACACAAUGAGAAGGUCUUCUAUGAACCCAAGCCAGAGCAACUGCCCUUCAAAAUUCCUAUGCACGUCCCUGGUCCCAGGCGUUAUGGGGCAUUCACAAAACAGGGGCGCAAAGAGCAGCGCAACAUGGACCGUUGGAUUCAAGCGUUAAAGGGGCACGUUUGGGUGUGGACAUAUCAGCUGAAGUCAAGGAGGCAGCGAUCAGAGUACCAUCUUUGAAGUUGAGAAUUGUGGACUGAUUUUCUAAAACUGAAAUUAGUGUUGCAAGACAUUUUUCAUGGAAAAGUGAGUUGAUUAUGCUGUCUCUUGUUUUGUGCAAACAAAACAUGGCUCAGUACCCUGGUGUAAAUACAAUUGUCUGCUAUUAAUUAAAUAAAAAACUACCCAUUAUAGUUUAAUAUUGAAUACCCUUAGAUGUUUGAAUAUUUCAAAAUGUGUUGUAUCACUAUUAUACAUCUCUGUCAAUUGCAGGAGUCUGUGUGUGUGUACAAAUUAGUUGUUUUCCAUGAUCAGAGAAAGCACCGUGCACUCUUCAAAGUUCAUAUUCUGCUUAUGUCCUCUUUAUAUCCCAAGAGAGUGCAGUGCCGGGAUUGACGUUGUUUGGAUAACCAUUUUGAUAUCAAAUAAUGAAAAAAUAAUUAUCUGCCUCUUGGCUCGAUCUCUUCGCGUCACAGCCCCUUCCCUUUUGUAUUUGUUUUAUUAUUAGGGUUCCUCCGGUGUAUUAUUAUUCUAGUUCUAUGGGCCCAUAGACCAGUAAUGUAAAAAGUUGAGAAAUUUGGCAUGUUGAAACUGCAGCACAUUAGUAACCACCAUACCAAACAUGGUCCACGUGAGACAAUAGCUGGCGCUACAGGCCAUGCCCCAAUUUGUCAAUUUUCAAAGUGAUGCCAUUUGCAGCCCAUAAGUCCCAAAAUUCUGA